AUGACUAGCCCGAGACGUUCUAAAAAGAGUGGCCAGUGUGUUCUGCAGCACUUAGACUGGGAUUCUCCAUCCGCUGCGACGGGGACAGUUAAGAGAAGAUCUUCUUGCCCUGAAAAUUCGUCGAAGAAAUCACUAAAAAAGAAUGAAGGAAUAUUUGAAGUGCAGACACCAUCGGACUCUGGUUGUGGCACUUCGAGGAGUCUUGAUGAAUACGAUAAGUCUGAUUCCCUUAUAGAAGUAGAAGAAAGAAUAUCUUGUAUUAUAAAUGAAAAUAGAUCAUCCCAAAGUAAUUCUGAGGCAAGUGAUGUGGACAUCAAUAUUGAUAAUAUUUUGGAAAAUCCAAUAACAGAGAACGUGUUGGUCCACAAUGAUUUUUUUGUUUGUGAUCGAAGUAAAACUUUUAUAAAGCCAGCUAAUACUUUAUUAGAUAGUAAAAAUUUACAUACUAACGAUGGAAUAAAAAAAGUGAAAGAAAAAAGGCUAAGUACCCCCGUACCAAUUAAAAAGCUCAAUAAGCCUUUUGAAUUUGUAAAAAGUACGAAACCCGCGAAAGUAGAUAAAUUAAAUGAUAAAUCAAGCGUUCUGCCAGUUUACAAAAGCACUGUACAGGAAUGCGCCGUAGAUUUAAGUGGAAACAGUCAAAAGAAAAAGAACUCUAAAUUAAAAUCCCCGUUUUCGCCUGCAAAGGCCAUGGACAAGCCAAAGACAUUUUUCCAAAGCAAAAAUAGUUUACAAGAAAUCAAACCGUCGCCUUUGUUGUCUUCACCAGUAAGAAGAACAAUUUCUAAUGAGUAUGUGCGUUUAAAGUUUACAAACGACACAGUUGUACGGCGAACCAUUGACGGAAAAUCCGUACAAAAGAUUACUCCUAAGAUACAAUCCAUUAUACCUGAAAGUCCAAUAGACAAUGAAGACCCUUUUCUUAAUCUUAGCCCAAACAAAAAGUACACUGUAACGGUAAAUAAUAGAGUAAGAUGCGAUAAAGAUAACUACGUAAUAUUUGAUCCAAAGACUGGAUUUAAGUCCGACGAAGCAUCUAAACAAUCGCGAAUUCCUUCGAAAUUAGGUGAAAAAUCAAAAAUCCCUCUGAAAUCACCAGUCAGUGAAAAGUGUUUAGUUCCGAAAAAAUCGGCGAGUGUUAGUGACACGGAUAGUGGCAUUUUAUCCCCUAAUUCCCCAGGUGAAACCAGUGACAAAGUAUCUACGUAUUACGUAAACGCUGCUGUGUUCAGUGAAACGGCAAAAAAAUGUGCGUCGGAUUUGGACAUCAAAAUCGUCGACCCAGCCAUCGCUAAAAAAGCAACCGAGCAAAUCAAGGUCAGUACUCUAUCACAUAAUUCAUUAUCCUAUUACAAUGUAUGA